UUGGGAGUUCCAACACACAGAGACAACGUCGGCCCAACCCGAACAUUAUUUGUUACAAUUGUGGCGAACAAGGCCACAUUGCUAGAAAUUGCCCACAUGGAAAGAUGGCAAUACGAUAUAUGGAAAUGGAGGAAACCAGAGACACUCUCACUACAUCAUCAUUAA